GCUUUGCCGGGCCCCGCAGGACACUGACAAGCGUAGGCGGAGCUAAGUGACAUUUACUUCGAGCUCUCUUCUAUAUAUCUUCCGCUCUCUUCCGCCUCAACUACCGCACGGAAUACACUGACAACCAUCACCUUCACCCAUGUUCACCGGCCUCGUUGAAACGAUCGGGACGGUCUCGUCCCUCGAGCCCCUCGACACCUCCGCAAGCGGGGGCGGGGGCACCUCCCUGACCAUCACCGACUGCGCCGAGAUCCUGACAGACGCACACCUGGGCGACAGCAUCAGUGUAAACGGAACCUGCCUAACAGUAACCGCCUUCGACAAUACUUGGUUCAAGGUCGGUGUCGCGCCCGAAACACUCCGUCGCACGAACCUGGGCUCCCUAACUACCAAUUCGCGCGUGAACCUCGAGCGCGCGGUCCUCAGUGAAACUCGUAUGGGCGGGCAUUUCGUCCAGGGCCAUGUCGACACCAUUGCUACUAUUUUGUCGGUGACGCCCGAUAGUAAUGCCUUGGUGUUGCGGUUGCGGCCGAGGGAUGCGGGCGUGUUGAGGUAUAUCGUUGAGAAGGGAUAUGUUACGCUUGAUGGGGCCAGUUUGACGGUUACGAAGGUUGUGGAUGGGGAGGAGGGGUACUUUGAGAUUAUGCUUAUUGCGUAUACGCAAGAGAAGAUUGUGACUGCUUCGAAGAAGGAGGGCGAGGAUGUAAAUGUUGAGAUUGAUAUUGUUGGGAAGUAUGUUGAGAAGAGUGUGCAGAGUUAUUUUGCGGGGGCUGUUGGUGGAGGGGAUUUUGGGAUUUUGGAGAAGAUGGUUUCAAGGAUUGUAGAUGAGAAGUUGAAGAAGUGAGAUUGGGGAUUAUUGAUGAACUUACGAUUGUGAAGAAUGCGCAGAUUGAACAGCCAGUUUGCUAGUAUAUUGCCAGGAAACACCAAACACUUUUAUUGCAUGCCAUCAAAGGGUAUAAUCUGGUCACCUGAAUGAAAUACUACUUGCGACACCCCCCAUAAAAUCCCCAGAAUCCCGACAAGGCACCCGAAGCCUUAGUAACUAUACUUG